AGGGGCCCCAGACGCGGUUCACCUGGCUGGGCAGGUAAUGCCAAGGCGGGGCUGGGGGGCAACGAUUUCCCAGGAGGUGGAGGGGGGAGAGAGAAAGGCGACCCUCGGUGUCGGGGAAAGGUGAGCUCGUUCCCUCCCCAGGGAGACUCCGGAGCGGCUGGAGGCCUUCCGCCAGGAAGUCGAGGGCAGGCCUGGCCCAGGUAGCGUUUGGGGUGACACUUCCCCCUUGGAUGCUUCGCUCCCUUCCUCCGCCUGUGCAGCAUUCCCACCCCCGGCUCAGUUUUUGGGGGACUCUUCCGUCGCUGCCCUUCUCCCCCCCACCCCACCCCCACCCCCGGAAGAUCCCUCUGGGCAGGAGAUCGGAGGCCAGGCCAACUCCGAAGGGCUCGGCCAGCGAAAGUUUGACAUUUGCACCGCCGAGGGCUGCCGGCGCUGCGGACCAGCACAGGGUCUUCUGUCAUGGAGGAAGCAUUUCCAUAGAUCCUCAGUGAUUCCAUAAGAAGGCAAAGAAAAAGGUCUUUUAGGGGUGGUAAGUCAUGCUGGGAAAGAAACAGAGGCCUUGCCAAAACAUAAGCCAUCUCCAUCGGCCCCCUCAAGAUGUUGCAAUCCCACAGAAGAUCCGUUCUCCUAAGUCAGGUGACAUUAGCCUGGAAGUCUUUAACAGCUCUACUCCAGAGCUUAAAUACAUCCACAAGCUCAGGCGGGAUAGAAGAGCCUACAAAGCAGAUUCCCACGAUUCCCACGGAGGGGAAGGAGAGACAAAUACCUUCAUCCCUAGAGCUGCAGAGAGCCCCCCGCCCCCAUGCUGUCCCAGUCUUUCCCAGGUCUGGAACACCUCCAAAGCCAUCUUCUGCUGCCUGAUCACCUGUGGGAGCUGCUUCAAGGACUGCCGAGCCAGCAUCUCCUACAACAGCACCCUGACGGAAGACGGGAAGAACCAGGAGUGCAACGGGCAUCCCACUAGCAGUCCGGCCAACAGCUCCCCCAAUGAAAAGAACGGGAGCCAAACUGGGAAGAGUACAAUGGGAAGCAGCUUUAGCUACCCUGAUGUGAAAUUGAAAGGGGUCCCACUUUAUCCAAACCGGAACCCCGGCUCUGCCACAGACUCUGAUUCAUGUUACAAGGAACCUUUGCCAGAGAAGUUCCCUCCACACAGCAUUGAGAAGCAGCCUGCCCCUGCUAGCCACCGGAGCUCUGAGGAACAUUAUUCCUUCCACGAGUCCGAUCUCGAGUUUGGUGAGCUGAACAGCUCCAUGUCCAGUAGGGAGAUCGACGGCCUCAUCUUCAGGAAACUCACCGAGCUUUUCAGCGUCCACCAGAUCGACGAGUUGGCCAAGUGUACCUCUGACACGGUCUUCCUGGAGAAGACCAACAAGAUCUCCGACCUCAUCAACAGCAUUACUCAGGACUACAAUUUGGAUGAGCAAGAUGCCGAAUGUAGGCUAGUCCGGGGCAUCAUACGUAUCAGCACACGGAAAAGCAGGGUCCGACCCCGUGUCCCUGCCCCAAAUCUCCCAGGUUCAGGGGAGAUCACCAGCCGAGUCAACCCACUUCAUGGCGGCAGUGAGACUAUGCUGGCAUCCGUCCUCCCUAGUGAAGAAGAUCUACCUGUUCAGAUAUCGGUAGAAACUACAGCGGAUAUGCAAGCCAGAAACAUGAGGCAAGGUAUCUACAACGCAACAGGAUCCCCAUUAAGUAGAGGGUCUUCUUUCCAAGAUACGGAGACAGAGUCCUCUGGAGCCCCUCUGCUUAGAGUGUAUUGCUGAGAAACGUGGACCUGGCAAAUCCCCAGAAGCAGUGAGGCCUUUAAGUCAGCCUCACUUAGAGACCAGUUCAGAAGCGAUGGACAACGGAGUCUGAUGCAAGCCAUUCUCAAUUGUGCCUUCCAAGGAAUACUUGAUUUCUCUUGCCAUUUUCCAAGGUUGACCCUAGUGUAGACUUGCUUUAAGGUGACCGUUGGUGCUUUUUGACAAUUUCCUAGGCCCAGGGGUCUCUGACCUUGGCAACUUUCAGACUUGUGGACUUCAACUCCCAGAGUUCCUUAGAACUUCUCAGUUGAAGUCCACAAGUCUUAAAGUUGCCAAGGCUGGAUACCCCUGUCCUAGGCAAUGUUGAUCUCUGCUUCAGAAGUGAACAGAAAUGAUGUAGCAGUUACAGCUUUUUGCACAUAUCCUUUCCUUCAUCCAUUCUGCUCUCCCCUGACCCUUGUCAAACAAGAACUGACCUCUGCAUUUUCUUUUCCACAAUGAAAAAGAUCUUUCUUCUGCCUAUCAGGCUUAUUCAUCCAACAGACUUAUCUGUUACUGAUUUGCCAAUAAUUUUCUCAUUUGGAAUUCAGACUUGAUUGUUCUCAUGCAAUUCCUCUAGGCCUUAAAAUAUCCACUCUUCAUUGUAAAUAGCUCACCAGAACUCUGACGAUGAGACGUUGUUGAUUUAGGAAUAUGACAAUUCCUCUGUUGAAAUCUUCAGAAACUCUUGCUGUCUUUCCUGUAGUUUAAUUUUAUUCUUUUUUCUUUUCCCCUGCCUCAUUUGAACCAUGGGGGGUGCCUAGAUUGGAAAUGCAAAGUUUGAAAGGGAAGCUGUUACUGCGUCUUAGGGUAUUUUGAUUCCUACUGUGCUUUGGUGGUGUUAUUUUUUUAAAGCAAAUAAAAUUAUAUUUAAACAAUGAAUGUUGAAAAGUCACCCCCUUUGUCUCAUACAAAGGGG